GGCAUUCCAGCAGCCCAGCAGCCGGUCAAAACCCGCGCCCAUGACAGAGCUGAAAGGUCGCUUCCAUCCAUCCGCAUCACGUUAGAAGUGUCCUUUCGAUGCACCGUUUAGCGUUGAGGGCGAAACGCUCGCUUAUAUGACUCAUUUCAUUUUCCGAUUGUUCUCAUCUCCCCUACGGUAUAUGUUGUGCUCAGACGAAGGCGUUCAGAUGCCUUCUAUCGUUCCAAGAUGCCGACACCACCCCUCUGCCAUGGUAUGCGAUCGGCUCCUCAUGCGAAUGGGUGUUGCAUAUCGCUGCAACGAUGCUGCCGCCCCAGCACUUGUCGGUGGUUCCCGUUGGUCCCCGAGUAUGAUGGAAGCGAACGUACCGCCCUGCCGCCGAUUGUGCUUUGAAGAGGAGGAUGCUGGGACACCUGUGUCUGCUGUCAGCUCUGGAUAUUUGUCUGAUUGCCCAUGCCCGAAUUCGACCGCAAGUCCAAAACGAAGCCCUUCCCUCCGAAGACUUAUCCGACCCACAACUGUACGAGACCGGACUCUUACCUGUGGCCACCCCAUAUUGCGGCCUCACCAUUCCCCUCUGCAAACUUGCUCAGAGAGCGUCAGAGAAGAAAGCUACCCGACUCCGGAUACCACUUUCGGGCGCCCCAUACGUGUACCAUACGAACAGGAGCGUCCGUCCAAAGCCGACCGGGUGGGCACCAGGGCGGAGUGAAACGAUUGCAUCCGAGGCGGUGUGCACUUUGGCCGAAGAGGUGGGAAUUGCUUGUGGGGCUCGCGCCGUUUGAACGGUUUGUUGCUAGCGCGACAAUCCGGUAUAAACGCGGAGGUCUAAGAUAAACAAUGCGAUGCACGGCGCUCCCCUCGCCAUGGAGGCCUGUAUGAGAGUCUCGAAGUACGUCAGGAAGCUGGCCUCAUGACCUCUGCCCCCGUCGUGCUUGGGAGAGGGCCAGGGUGAGGUGGUAGAAGCUCUGGGCCGGGCCUAAUUGAUGGUG